AUGUUGACUACCUUCCCUUAUCGAUCUGUAUCAUCUCUAUUAAUUCGUCGUACGGUGCAAUAUCCAUUAUGGAAUCGUGCAAAUGUUCGUGCAACUUAUUCAAAUGAAUUUACAAAAAAUGAACUCCUACGACGAUAUAAUACUGAACAUUCAUCAACUUAUUUCGAUCAAUUUCGUUAUAUUCGUCAUUUAAAAGAUGCACCUACAGUUCCAUUAUCCUUUGGUUUACUCGGUCUUGUUCCAUUUGCUGCUAUUCCCUUAUAUAUGUGUUCGACAGGAAUAUAUUUACCAGAUUUAGCAUUUACUCAAUUAGCUUAUUCAGCUUCAAUUAUUUCAUAUGUAGGUGGUAUCCGUUGGGGAACAUUACUUGAAGAAUCAAAUGAUUGGAAGAAAUAUACAUAUUCAAUUCUUCCAUCAGUUGCUGCUUGGUUAGCAUUACUUAUACCCGGUCGAUGGUCAAUUGUUUGGGCAUUAGCAUCAUUUCAAGGUUUUCUUUAUUAUGAUGUAACUAAACCAGGUUAUCCUUUAUGGUUCAAAGGAUUACGAGUACUUUUAACAACUGCUUCAUGUUUAACAUUAUUUGCUACACUUAUACUUAGUUUUGUAUUACCAAAAAAA